CAGCGUUACUACGGUAACGUAGGUACCGUUACUGUGAAGCUGCUGCCGUGAACGUGACGGAGUCUGAUCAGCUGAUUACAUUUAUUUCAAUAUGCUAAAUAUAUAUAAGUAAAGAAAAGAGCUAUCAUUGUGGAAAAAACAAAAGUGUUAUCUCCAAAAUUAUUCAUACUUUUCUCAAUAAUCAACAGAAUAGCCUUUAUUGGCUCUGAUCAGACAUUUCCUAUAGUUGCGGACCAGCUUCGUGCAUUGUGUCUCCACUGGUAUUUUUGUCCAUUCAUCUUCUGUGAUGAGCUCCACCUCCUUCAGGAUGGACGGUCUACCAUCACUCUGAUCUCUACCUCCCUCCACAGACUCUCAGCUGGAUUCCAGUCAGAACUCUGGCUGGGUCGCUCCACAACGUUCAUGUUUUUGACUACUAACUGUUUCUUCACUGCUUUAUCUGUGUUUUGGGUCGUUGUCGUGCUGAAAUGUCCAGUGGUGUUGUAAGGUUUCAGAUGUUGGAACCUCACAAACCUGAUGGAAAUGCCAAGUGGUGUUGAGUUAUGGAGUGUGACGGUAAAAGAGCCACAGCAGACCAGAGUUCUUUUUCUUCAGAGCUCUGAUAUUUUUAAGUUUAUUUUAAUUAAUCCUAUCAAAAUUCACAGUAAAAGAUCAUGAAGAGGCAACAAACGAUACAUGGAAAACAUGUGGCAGCAUUCCUUUCAGCAGAGCACACGCCUGACCCCUCUUCUCGACACACACCUGCCACCUAAUCAUUCUAGAUCAUACCAUUCCCACCAUCUCCUCACACCAAACCCAUCUCCCCCACCAGAUUUACCUGGCUAAUACACUCAGUAAGACUACCCACAACAUGCACAGAACUAUACAGGAAAAUGAAAUCAAUAAUAAACCAAAGAAUUAACUAAACAAAAAUCUGAAGAAAAAAAAAACACUAACAACUCCCCCCCUCUCUAUCUGGACUGCCUGGUAUGACCUAAUCACUGAUCAAAUCCAGGUGCGCCACCCCUGGGUGCAUCUCCAAGUGUGCACUUCAUGAACACGCUCCCUGGAAACAGAACUCAGAGGGAGAAGUUAGAAGGAUUUCAAAAUAAAACAUAACAAAACCCAAAGUAACUUCCUGUAUCAGUCUUUCAGUUCAUGCAGCUUUACCGUAGUGAGGGGAUGCUUCAUCAGCUCCCUCACAGGUGUCCAAAGUUUCUCUGCAGACCGUUGGAUGUUGUUGUUUUCUUCUUUUUCAUGGUGCUGUUUACUGUGGUCAGGUUCCCUGGUCCGCUGGCUGACAAACACCCCCACAGCAUGAUGUUCUACCACCAUGGUGGACAGUGAGGAUGGUGUUCUUAGGGUUGAGGUUUCUCCUUUCUUUUGCCAGAUGAAGACUACAUCAUUGUGGCCAAACUGUUACAUUUUUGUUUAAUGGAGAUGCUUCCACCAGCAGGACCCACAUUCCCCAGGAUGGCCUUGAUGGAGAUCCUUGGAUCCUUUUUCACUUCUGUCACUGUCCUCCUGGUCAGCACAGGUGUCACUUCUGGCUUCCCACCACGUCCUCUGAGAUGUUCCAGUGUGGAACGCCUUGUACUUUUAAUAAUACUUUGCACUGUAACCACUGGAACUUUAAAACAUCUGGAUAUGGUCUUGUAGUCCUUUCCUGACUUGUGAGCAGCCACAAUGUUCAGCCUCAGGUCCUCACUGAGCUCCUUUACCUUAGCCAUGACUGUCCACAGACCAGCUGCAGACAGCUGCUGUUUUUCUUCUGUUGACUUUAUUAAAACAGCUGUUCCCAAUGAAUCAGGGUAAUUAGGAUGCUUUAGAACAGUUUGGACUGUUUGGAAUGGUAUGGAACCUUGGCUUUCCCAAAGACUGUGACAGAAUAAUUUAAUAAUAAUAUGAAUAAUUUUAAAUGUAAAUAGAAGCUGAGAAAUUAUUUUGUCCAUAAUGAUGGCUCUUGUACAUUGUCUUAUUAUCUUUUAGGAGAAGCCUGUGCCAGUUCGCUGGUUGAAUAAAAGUAACUUUAAGUCAAAAGUUUUCAUCUGGAUUUAGACCUGAUCUUAAAGUCAACUUUCAGGUCAAACAUUUAAUAGGUAGAAGGAGGAGGAGGAAGAGGAGGAGGUCAAAUCAGAAACAAACAGACUUUUCAUGUGAUUACUGAGGAUGAAGAGCUGCAGUUACAGUCAGCGACCACAAGAGGACAGCAGACCUUCAUCAGUGGAGAACAGAGAUGUUCUGUCUGAGGAGGAGGAGGAGGAGGAGGAGGAGGAGGAGGAGGUCAUGGGACUCUGUUUGCUCGUCCUGAACCAUGUGAGACACAUGAGACUGGAGGAAGAACCCAGAAUGAGCAAAGAAGAAGAAGAAGAAAGGAGAUGGAGGGCGUGUGUCGGUGGCUGAGCUGCUGCCGUGGCGAUGAGGAGGAAGAGGAGGAGGAAGAGGAGGAGGUGAAGGUGGAGGAGGUGUUGUUCAGGAAGAGCUGCAGCUCCUCGUCCCUCCCUGCUGCUCAGCUGGACCAGUCCCCGUCAUCCCCGUCCGGGUCCAGGUCUCACUGGUUCCACACCCUGCAGGUCCAGCGGCUCCGAGUCCAGCGAGGACGCAGCAACAGCGACCCUCUGAGGGCGGCCAGUUGCCAGGACGUCUUCACCUGGAAACCGGGUCUGCAGUUCGGCGCUGCUCAGUCCUACCUGAGCCUGGAGAAGCUGGGAGAAGGAGCGUUCGCCUCUGUUUACAAAGGAAUCAGCAGGAUCAAUGGUCAGCUGGUGGCUCUGAAGGUGAUCAGGAUGAAGACAGAGGAGGGAGUUCCUUUUACUGCCAUCAGAGAAGCGUCUCUCCUCAAACGUCUGAAACACGCCAACAUCGUCCUGCUGCAUGACAUUGUUCACACCAGAGAGACGCUGACCUUCGUCUUUGAAUAUGUGCAGACUGACCUGUCCCAGUACCUGCAGCAGCAUCCUGGAGGUCUACACUCCCACAACGUCCGGAUCUUCAUGUUCCAGCUGCUCCGGGGUCUCUGCUACAUCCACAGCCGGAGGAUCCUCCACCGAGACCUGAAGCCCCACAACCUGCUGAUCAGCUACCUCGGAGAACUCAAGCUGGCCGACUUCGGUCUGGCCCGGUCCAAGUCCAUCCCCAGCCAGACGUUCUCUUCAGAGGUGGUGACUCUGUGGUACCGACCCCCCGACGUCCUGCUGGGCUCCACCGACUACUCCACGGCUCUGGACAUGUGGGGCGCUGGCUGCAUCUUCGUAGAGAUGCUGCAGGCGCCGGCGUUCCCGGGAACGUCGGACGAGUUGGAGCAGCUGCAGAAGAUCUGGACAGUUCUGGGCGUUCCCUCUGAGGACAGCUGGCCUGGAGUCAGCCAGCUGCCCAACUACAGACCAGAAUGGUUCCUGCCCUCCGAGCCGAAACAGUUCAGGACCGUGUGGAAAAGGUUGAACCAGCUGCCCUACAAGACCGAGAAUCUGGUCCAGAGCCUCCUGAAGGUUCUUCCUGCCGACCGGAUCUCGGCUCAAGACUCCUUGCAGCACUCGUACUUCAGCACCCUGCCUCCUUCCAUCAUGCACCUCAGAGACACAACGUCCAUCUUCAAGGUUCCUGGUGUUCAUCUGGAGACGGAGGUCCGAGACAUUUUCAACCCUGGACGCCGGAUCAAACCGUCGCUGCUUCCUGCCACCAAAUGUUGGUGAGCAAACGGACCAAUCAGAGGGCAGAGAACAAACUGUCAUGCGUUACUCAUCAGAAGGUUUUCAAAGAGACUGGAGGAAGAAGAUUUGAUCAAACAGGAUCUGAAAUGUGUUUUGUUCUGUAAACGCCGGAGAAAUUAAGCAUUAAAUUCAAAUGUCUGUCAGCCAUUUUAUGAAACCUCUGAUCUGGUGACAAGAUGGUUGUGUUUAGCCUAGCUUAGUAGUUGGGGCAACAGUGAAUGUAGCUCAAAUGUUAGCUUUGCUAUAGCAGGUAAUACGGAGCUUUAGCAAUAACAGUAGCAUGCUAGCUGGUGAAUCUGCAGAAUGUAAGAUGGAUUGUUUUAGUAAGCAUAGCACAAGGCAGUUAACACUAACUGUUUACUUGCUAACGUAAGAUUAACAUGAUCCUAUAAGGUGUUAGCUUAGUAGAACGGACAAAUGCUGAGAUAAUUCUACUACAAAGACAUCGAGAGACAUUCUACACAACAGCAAUGCUAACUUGCUAGCAUGACAAUUUUUUUAACUGCAUUUUUCUUAUGGUAGCUUUGUGCAUACUAGCACUUAGCUUUAACUUAAAAAUGGUAUUGCCCCUUCAGCUUCUAGCUCUACUGCCUCAGCAUACCCUAGCAUCAGCUAGCUAGUGAAAUGCUAAUUUAAAUGUGUUAUGACUUAACAAUGUUCCGUCAUAAGGUCAGAAGAUGAUUGUGUUUAGCCUAGCUUAGCACAAAUCCCAGAAGUUGGGGGAACAGUGAGUGUAGCUCAAAUGUUAGUUUUUCUAUAGCAGGUAAUAAGAAGCAUUAGCAAUAACAGUAGCUUGCUAAAUGGUGAAUCAGCAAAAUGUAAGAUGGGUUAUGUUAGCAGGCAUAGCACAUUGCAGCUAACAAUUACUGUCAACCUGCUAACACUUACUGUCAACCUACUAAUGAAAGAUUACUGCUAUCCCAUAAGGUGUUAGCUUAGUAGCACAGACAAAUGAUAACAUGCUAGCAUGACUAAUAUCUUUUAACUGCAAUUUCUCAUGAUAGCUUUUGUGCAUGCUAGCAGUUAGCUUUUAGCUCCAGUGCAUCAGCAUAUCCUAGCAUCAGCUAGCUGGUGAAAUGCUAAUUUAAAUGUUUUAUGACUUAAUGUUAGGUCAUAAGGUCAGACAAUGAUUGUGUUUAGCCUAGCUUAGCACAAAUGUAAGAAGUGCCAAAAAAAUAAAAGUUUUCAUUGCAAAUUAAAUUUUUUAGCAACAAAACUGAGCAAGAUGCUGUCAGUAAUUAGCUCUUCUACUAUGGGGAAAAAGUAACGCUAGCUGAGAAGCUCGCUCACAAGCUAGUUAAUCAGUUAAGUGUGAGGUGGAAAGUGUUAGCAAGCAUAGUAAAUGGUCUGUAUUUAUAUAGCGCUUUACUAUACCUGUAAGGUACCCAAAGCGCUUUACAUGAUACGUCACAUUCACUCAUUCACACACUGAUGGCGGAAGCUGCCAUGCAAGGCACUAACCACGACCCCAUCACAAGCAAUUAGGGGUUAGAUGUCUUGCUCAGGGACCCUCUGAUCUGUACUAAGCUAGCGACAUGAGCACGACGGGCCGAGGAUCAAACCGGCAACCCUUCGGUUGCAAGACGGCCACUCUACCCACUGAGCCAUGCCGCCCCAUAGCACAUAGCAGCAAACACUUAUGGUUAACUUGAUAACUAAGAUUACUGUCAUCCCAUAAAUUGUUAGCUUAUUAACACUGACAAAUGCUGACAUGCUACUACCAAAAGAAAUCCAGCGACAUACUACCACUAGAGAAAUGCUAAUGAUCCUAGUUGGUAGCUCAGUGCAAUCUAACAGUUUGCAUUAACUAAAGAUUAGUGUUGCCCCUGAAGUGCAUCGCUCCUACUACCUCUGUAUCAGCUAGCUAGAUAAAUGCUAAGCUAAAUGUUUCAUUAAUUAUAAGUAUUAGUAUGUUGUGUCGCAUCAGCAUUGCAGCAGAUUUUUUAUGUUUUGAAGAAAAUUUUCUGGUUUAAAUAAAGAUUGCUACAUCAGAUUAGCAUUUAGCAUGUUAGUGUGAGGUGUCAGAAUAAAGUCUUUUUGGAUCCUCUCA